AUGGGUUGCUGUGGUUGCGGAGGCUGCGGCUGUGGAGGCUGUGGCAGCUGCGGAGGCUGUGGCAGCUGUGGAGGCUGUGGCAGCUGUGGAGGUUGUGGAGGUUGUGGCUGCGGAAGCUGUGGCUGCGGUGGCUGUGGUAGCUGCGGUGGUGGCUGUGGCUGCGGUGGCUGCGGAGGCUGCAACAGCUGCACCACUUGCAGAUGCUACCGGGUCUGCGGCUGUGGUGGCUGCGGUGGCUGCUGCGGUAGCUGCUGCGGCUGCUGCGGCUGCUGUAAGCCUGUGGUAGUCUGCUGCUGCCGCCGCACCUGCUGCCGCUCCUGUGGCUGUGGCUCCUGUGGCUGUGGCUGCGGCUGUGGGAAGGGCUGUUGUCAGCAGAAGUGCUGCUGCCAGCAGAAGUGUGGCUGCAAGAAGCAGUGCUGCUGUUAG